AUGUUUCCGUUACGCAGAGCAAUUUUGCAUCAUUCGAUUGCCAAUCGCAUUGCACUCGCAUCCCAUGUGGGUCUAGACGGAUCGAGCACGCUCCGGAACAAUUUACGCGCACUGCAUCAAUGCUCCGUUCUGUACAAAUUGGCCCAGAGUCGGGCCGAGCUGAAAGACGUGAAGAAAGUGGUAGUGAAACUGGGCAGCGCAGUUGUGACGAAACCGGAUAGAAGUGGUCUGGCUCUGGGCAGACUGGCAAUGAUUGUGGAACAAAUGGCGGAUUUGUGCAAUGAGGACGAUGAUGAUGUUGAUUCGGAUGAUGAUGAAGAUGAUGAUCAUUGGGAUGAUAAUUCGGAUGACGAUGAUGAUGAUUCGGAUGAUGAUGAUGCUGAUUCGGAUGAUGAUUCGGAUGGUAUUCAUGAUGAUAAUGAUGAGGAUGAUGAGGAUGAUUAA